CCUCUCGGUGACCGUCCGAUGCCACCAAGCUAGAGCUAGGUCGGUCCCCAAAUCCCGAUGAGAUGCGAAAUGGCAUGACAUCGUCGAACGAUUCGGCGCAACGUUCCCGGCAACAAUCUCACCCUCAUCCUCAACCUUCGCCCUGUUCGCGACCAUGAACGCCCUCCCGCGCCUCCCGUGGCGCGCAUCGUCACAGUCGACACAGAAAUGGAGCUGCUUCUUCUGCCAACACGCCAUCCGUCCCGCGCCGCGCAGCUUGCGAACGCCCUCGGCCGGCCGCCGAGCGGCAUCGACGACGCCUUCACCGAAGCAGCAGCAGCAGCAGACCGGGCCCAGCUUUGGCGGCGCGCCGUCAAUGGAGCAGAUCCAUGCGCAUUAUAAACGCAAGAAUGCCACUACAGCGUACUAUACACUCAGUGUCAUUCUCGGGACAGUUGCCCUGUCAUACGGCUCCGUCCCUCUCUACAAGAUGAUCUGCCAAACAACAGGCUGGGGCGGCCAACCCGUCCGCGCCCACGGACCCGACGUAGACUACAGCGAAGACGGCCUCGCCGCGCGCCUGGUACCUGUCACCACGGCCCCUCGCAUCCGCGUCACAUUCAACUCGUCCGUCUCGGACAUUCUCCCCUGGAAGUUCACCCCGCAGCAGCGCGAGGUGCGCGUCCUCCCCGGCGAGACGGCUCUGGCUUUUUACACGGCGACGAACAACUCGGACCAGGACAUCAUCGGGGUCGCGACCUACAGCGUCACGCCGGGCCAGGUGGCGCCGUAUUUCAGCAAGAUUCAGUGUUUCUGCUUUGAGGAGCAGCGGUUGAAUGCGGGCGAGACAGUGGAUAUGCCCGUGUUUUUCUAUUUGGAUCCGGAUAUUGUGAACGAUGUCAAUAUGCGUGGUAUUGAGACUGUGACGUUGAAUUACACGUUCUUCAAGGCCAAGUAUGACGACAAUGGCAAGUUCAAGGCGCCUACGCCGUUUGCCAGCAACUAGAUGGAGCAUAUUGUCACGAAACGCGAACGACACGCUCAGUGUACCAUAUUCCCCACUCCGACGUGUUCUACCUCAAACUCCAACUUGUAUAAAAGACCCCUCUAGACCUCGAUGGUCAAGCUUGUUCAACUACUACUGUAUAUCCCAUUGGGGAGGGGAAGAGUAUACCACCAGGCG